UUUGGUAUUCGAAAUCUGUAAAAACAAAUUAAUGAAUAUUCUUCGUGCUCAUCAUUAAUUAAACAAGAAUUAUUUAUUUUUUUUUUUUUGAUUUUAAUACCUACAUAAUUUUCAUAAAAAAAAGUUAGUGGAACAAAUUCGCAGUUGUUAUUAGAAUGAAAGAAAGGAAUUAUUCAAAUAAUCUUGAGGAAAAAGAAGAAGUGCAUUCAAUGCUAGAGGACGAAAAAGAUAUAGAAAAUGAUGAUAAUUCUCUUUUAUUAAUAGAAAAAGAUGAAAAGCAAGAAAUCAGUUUAAUAUAUAAAUUCCUUCACUCUGAGGCGUUGCUAUUAAUUUUACAAUGCUUACUCGUUUCAUGCACUCCAAUUAUGUUGCAACUUGCCCUAUGGGAUCCUGUUUUAAAAAAAAAAAAAAACGUUUUAUUUCCAGAAACUCCUUUUGUCCUUGAAUUUUUCACAUCGGUUUGCAUCGCAAAUAUUUACUCUCUCGUUUUUAACGGAAAAACAGAAUGGAAAAAGUGUUGGUCUUGUAUUGAUAUAAUCAAUUUAUCGCUCCCUUCCCUCCUGCAUUCGAUUAGUGUAAUCUUGCAGUUGAUUUCAAUGGUGUACUUGGAUGGUACAUCUCGGUCAAUUUUAAAUCAGUUAAAACUUCCCUUUAUAGCAAUUUUCAGUGCAGUUUUUUUUAAACGUUUUUAUCCCUUGGCGCGUUAUUUUAUUUUAGUUGUUGUUCUUUUGGCUAGUACGGCAUUUGUAUCAUAUACACGAAACUUUGUUAUCACUGAAGCAUCUCUAACAUCUGAAUAUAUAUUUAAGGGAGUCCCAUUAGGAGUGAUUACUGCGUUUCUGAGUGCUCUAGCUGCUUUAGUAUUAGAUGUUCAAACUAAAGAUAAAACUGAAACUUCGUAUAUUAUUCAGCUAGCACAACUACGCAUUUCAAGUCUUUUUUUUGUGACUAUAUGUUCCCUUUUCCACGCCAUGAUUACUCAUGGAGUCAGUUCUCUUUUUAAAAAGUGGUCAUUCCGUGUAGUGCUUCUUGUUUUAUGGCUCGUUAUGAAAGAUUAUUCAACUGUUCUUUUGUUGAAACGACUCACCGCUAUGCAUAAUGCUCUGUGCAUUUCUGUUGCCCUUUGUCUAACAUUCUUUUUAGAUACAAUUAUUUUUGACAAAAAAUCACCUGAUUCUCCGAUUAUUUUUAACACUCUUAUAAUUUGCUUUAGUAUCGCAUCUUUUGGUUCUAUAAAAAAUGACAAAUAGACAUUUUUAAAGUAUAUUUCUUUAUUUAAAUCAGAAAAAAAGAAUUUUUUUUCAUUAUUUAUAGCGUUAAAGAAAAAAUUUUCGAAGUUACUUUCUUCUUACAUAGUUCUUGAAUAUUUUUUUUUUUUUUGUCAACUCAAUACAUGAAUAAAAUCUUUUUUCAAAUAAUCCGCCAUUAAACAUCCUUAUUACAUUGUA